GUUUGUGUAAUGUUUCACAGCCGCUGUGCAACGUAGUUACCGGGCACAGUACCUGAGUACAAGCAGCCGACUGACACAACACAAAACAUCAGUGCAAUGCUGCUUCUCAGACGCUGCCGCAGCCUGACUCGAUUUGGCCCCGUCAACACUAAAAGGCAUCAAGUGGCACCUGGUGUGGCAUCGUGUGCAGCUCGUCUCUGGAGCAGCAGCAGCAGGGAGGACCAGAGAUCGUACCAGCGUGCCCAUGGUCCCAGCUGGAGACAUGCUCUGGCAGGACUGCUGGCUGGUACCGGGGCUGUCGUGGCUUAUGGCGUCCAUCAUCACAAGGCUGAGCAGGAAGACACCAGUCGAGUGCAGACCAUAGAGAAGACCUCCACUCUUCCGGUCUUCAGCCAGGAGGAAGUCACCAGUCACCGCUCUCUGGAAGAUGGCGUGUGGGUCACUUACAAAGGCAGCGUCUAUGACAUCACUAAUUUUGUGGCCAUGCAUCCUGGCGGGGAUAAAAUCUUGCUGGCGGCAGGUGGAGCCCUUGAACCUUUCUGGGCGCUGUACGCUGUGCACAACCAGGAACAUGUGCUGGAAAUGCUCUCAGAGUAUAAGGUUGGUGUGCUGAGUGCAGAAGACCAGAAGAAGCAGCAGACUGUUCAGUCAUCUGACCCCUACUCUUCUGACCCCGAGCGUCACCCCAUCCUGCGCAUCAACAACCUCAAGCCUUUCAAUGCUGAGCCGCCUCCUGAAAUCCUCUCUGACAGCUACAUCACCCCCUCUGCCAUCUUCUUCAAAAGAAACCACCUGCCGGUUCCUCUGGUGGACCCGGCCACAUAUCAGCUGCAUGUGGAGGGGCUACCUGGAGGAGUGCUGACGCUCUCUUUAGAAGAGUUAAAGUCUCGAUUCCCCAAACACACCAUCACCGCUACGCUGCAGUGUGCUGGCAACCGCCGCUCUGAGAUGAAUAAGGUGAAACAGGUGAAAGGACUGAACUGGGGCAUCGCUGCCAUCAGUAACGCUACAUGGAGUGGAGCGAGGCUCAGGGAUGUGCUGCUGGCUGCCGGUUACGAGCCAGAUGUGGCCAAGUGGGCUCUCCACGUUCAGUUUGAAGGAUUGGAUAAAGACGUGACGGGGACGACUUACGGUGCUUCCAUCCCGCUAAACAAAGCAGUUAGCGAGGAAGGCGAUGUGCUGUUGGCUUAUGAAAUGAACGGCGAGGAUCUUCCUGCUGACCAUGGCUACCCUGUCCGUGUCGUGGUUCCAGGCACAGUAGGUGCACGCAAUGUUAAAUGGCUGGGGAAGAUCAUAGUGAGCGCAGAAGAAAGCAGCAGCCACUGGCAGCAGAACGACUACAAGGGAUUCUCCCCCGGGACAGACUGGGACACGGUGGACUUCAAGUCUGCUCCGGCCAUCCAAGAGCUGCCCAUCCAGUCAGCCAUCACCACACCAGCAGACGGUGCGGUGGUGGAUCGCAGUAUGGAAGAGGUGACGGUGAAGGGUUACGCCUGGAGUGGAGGGGGCAGAGAGGUGGUGCGUGUUGAUGUUUCUCUGGAUGGAGGAAAGACAUGGCAGGUGGCCAAGCUGAGGAGCAGCGAUAAGGGACAAGCACCCAAACCCUCGCCACCACCGGGACGAGCCUGGGCCUGGAAGCUGUGGGAGGUAACAGCUCCGCUUCCCGCAGAGGCUCAGGAGCUGGAGAUAGUCUGCAAGGCGGUUGACAACAGUUACAACAUGCAGCCGGACACAGUUCCUCCCAUCUGGAAUCUGAGGGGCGUGCUGAGUAACGCCUGGCACCGAGUGAAGGUGAAGAUCAGAGAGGACGAGAGCGAGGAAUAGACUCAGUGGUUUGAUCCACACCCAAAAUCCAAAAGGUUUAUGCUUGAAAGAGUCGUCUGAGAGUGGACAUAGUUUUAAAAUCUGUCACUAAGACGCAGCAGGAAAAGUGACGGAGGAAAAAACAGUCUCAUAGAAAAUACAGCUGGAGUUUUUGAUGCACAGUUUUGAAAUAUUUAUGCAAUCAUGCUGUCUGUGAGAUUUGAAGGAUUUUCAGCACUGCAUAUAGAACAAAGCUAAAGGCUGUUAAUGACCAAAACAUGUUCAGUUAUAUCUCGUGAUGGGUCAGGAGAUACUUAAGUGAUCACGUGAUUCCGUUAAUUUUGAGUCUCUGACUUGUAGAAAAGAUUUAUUUUUGUAAUCACUAUUGACAUACUUAUUGUUCAAGAUGUACGCACAGUGUAUUAAAAGAGUCGGAUUAAUUGUGCGAUUAACACGCAAUCCUAAUUUAAAAACCUUAUUUUAAAUAAUAUUCUUAUAUCUAGAAUGUAGAGGAUUUUUAGGUUUACUACAUUGUCAUUGCUUUAAAGGAACAUUGUGUCAGAUUUGGGGGGGGGUUGAGCUAAAUCUAGCCGUUAGGAUUGCACUUUGCAACCAUCUAAAAGUUCUCGUUAAGGUUUUAAACGGAAGUCAAAUUAUCUUCAGACAUCUCUUCCUCUGCAAAACAACUGGAUCCGUUGAUUAAAACCGGUAAAAACCCUUAAUAAAGCAGUUUCAUGUUUCAAUGUUAAUUUCUGCGUUUCUCAGAUGCUGCUCAGAUUGUCGGAGAUGUGCCGCUUGCCCAGCACCUGCUCAUGUGUGCUUGCGUUAUUUUCGUAAUCCAGAUGUUCAGGAGGUUUUUAUAGAGAGACAAAUGAUCCCCCAAGGUUUCUUCCUCUCCAGGACAAAUUGCUGUGGUGAUUUAAACCCUUACAGUUUCACAACUGAGUUGCUGCUCACUACAAUGGCUGACACGAAAAUGUAAAUGUUGCUAUCUAGAGCCAGUGUUUGGUUUGUCCUUUCUAGGCUACUGUAGAAACAUGGCAGUGCAACAUGGCAGUCUCUAUAAACAAGGACCCGUUCCCUAUGUCGUUUUAACCAGCUCAUUAUAAUGUAACGAAGGCACAACAAUUCUUAUUUUCAGAUGAUUUUAUACUAAAGAAAACAUACUUAUGAUUUCUGCCAAUAUCCUUUUAAAUCUUACACACUGGAAAGUGCAAAAGAAUAUGAGCGGGAGCAGCUGUCAGAUCAUAAAUGCUUGUUUUCACUCUGAAAAUCAGAGGUGAACUGUGACCCUUUCACUCGGUUUGUGGAGCUGCGCUCUGUUUCAAACUUGGUUCAAAGAAUCACACCUUACUGUGGAGAUCUAUUUGAGGUUCAGUCGUGUUUAUACCACGACACCGCAGCACACUGCAGAGGUCUGGGUACUUCUUGACAGCCGUUUUGACGACAUCGUGUUUUGUGUAGUAAGUGCUAUAUUGUCCAUGUUGACAAAUAAAGAGCUCUUAUUUUACACUGAUAUACUUACAGUCUGCUUCGUGCCAAAAACAGUGCCAAAAAAAUGUACAACAUAGAGGAAAUGAAGUCAGUUCUUAUUAUUUUAAGACAUUUGCUAAAAAUAUCAGCACAGUGGGAUGUGCUUCUCAGUUUUGCAGAGCUUACAAUUUUCCACUCACUGUGAUUAAAUGUAUUAACCUGCAAACUACAGCUUUUACAUUUAAGACAAAUUCAUUUAAUCGGAUUACUUUUCUUCAAGAGUAAUGAGAAAAUGCAUAAACAUUAACAAUUUAACAUAUUUUUAACUGCACCAAUGACAGUUUACAAAGUUUCAGACUACUCGUGCAGUGUUUCAUUUAUCAAAUUGUGUACCCUUCCUACACAAAUAUUUUUUCACCAAAACCUUACUAUCCAAAAAACUUUAGCAUAAACUUAGACUUACAUGGACGAGUAGCACGCUAGUUUUUAGUGAAAAUGCAUUUGUGGGGCGACCUCGAGCUCACCUGGAAGAGUGUGCGCCCCAUGUGCUGAGGCCUUUGCAGUGGCCUGGGUUCAAUUCCAGCCUGUGGCCCUUUGCUGCGUGUCAUCCCUGCACCCCCUUUCUCUUCCCCCAUUUCCUGUCAGUCUAUAGUUGUCCUGUCAACAAAGGGAAAAGUCGCAUAAACAAAUCUUUUCUUUCUUUUCUUUUCUUUUUUGUCUUAAAUCUUUUUUAAAAAAAGAAAAGCAUUUGUUUGGGAAACACUGAGCAUAUGACUGAAUAAGAGAGAGACUUGGAUUUAGGGUGCAAGAGUGUAAGAUUUUCAUAGUACGAUAACCAUCCGAAAAAAACGCGGUUUCAUGGUAUUGCAGUAUUAAAGAAUUAUUAUUAUCAUCAGUUACAAUGGCACUAACAGCAUAAAGGUUUUAGAUUAGUUGACCAAACAUUUUAUUACUGUAACUGAAACAUCUUUUUUAAUGGAAUUAUGUGUAAUAAUCCUUUUUUAAAGACAGGUAAAAUAAAGGGGGGAAUUCUCCAUCCAGUUGCAGUUUUUUCAAUACCAUAGUAAAUCUACACGGUAUGAUAACUGUCGAUUUUCAUGGUACUGCACAAGUUGUAUGAGAGUUUGUAAAUGGACGUUUUGAUAUUUUGGUUUCUUUGUUUACUGUGGAGAUAUGUGAGAUAUGGUUAACAACAUCAGGAUGCAGUUAUUUGUUGAGGACAGCUUUAAGAUUUAAGAUCAAACAUGUCUCACCAUAUUUUGAUUAAUGGUGCAGAAAACAAAAUGUUGUACGUGUUGUUACCAAAGUUUUGGUUCAAGUUUUUUCAAAUUGUAAAACUUGUCUGAAGGCUUUCAUGUA